AUGAUUUUAUCUUCAAUCAGUCAAACAUGUAUAUUUCAAGCAUUUGAAAUAAUGUCUAUUAAUUAUUUAGAAGAUAUCUCGAAAUUAAAUAUUAUUGCUUGUCGAAAUAAAAAAAUAAUUUAUUCAAAAAUAAUCUCACUUGAAUAUAAAGAAACAAAAGUUAUUGAAUUUCCACCUUGGGUUAAUAUUGAUGAAAUUGAAUUUUCUAUUUCAAAUAAUUUUUUUUUAUAUUAA